AUGAUUGUACAUUUAUCAUUAGCGAAGCGCAUAAUGGAUACGAUCGAGUAUGCAGUUGAAGAACGAAGUGAGGUUGACCAUCUUUUAAUGGACUUGGAUCGAAGUGUCCUCUUCACAGCCAAGGACAACGAUAUGGUGAAGAAAGUUAUGGAGAAAUUCGACGCGGCGUUGAACCAAUGUGAAAGAAACGGACCCACUGCCAAGUUAUGGAUCCAGUACUUUAAAAUGGUAAUCCUGCUGAAGCAGUUUCUAGAGGCUGAGCGUUCAGGAAACUGGGAACUUCAUCUUCACACACUUAAACGAAUGCUGCCCUUCUUCCAUGUCGCUGGGCAUUUCUUGUACGCAAAGAGUGGACACUUAUACCUGCAAGAUAUGCAAGAUCUACACACCCGAAUGCCAGCAAAGGACUUCCAGAAAUUUACAGCUGAAGGGUACUUCACUAUAAGACGGUCCGACAAAUUCUGGUCAGGCAUUAUGUCUGACCAAGCUGUUGAGCAGACUCUUAACCGGGAAGCCAAAAUUCCUGGAGGAAUGUUCCAACGUGGAGCCAGUGACAACAUGGCUAUAAAAUGGACGAUGGGUUCGAUACAUCUACGAAUUGUUUGCGAAGGAAUUGAAGACUUUUGCGGCAUACACAGCGGAACCAGCGAGCAGCAUGUCGAUUGCAGGCCAACUCGUGUGAGCAGAGACAAUGCCGAUGUUGAAAAACUGGAUCAGUGGUUUCAUGCGCAUGACCCUUUCCCAGUCAACUCUGACUUAAUGUCUAUUAGCAGUGGAGUAAUCAGGAUUGACAGCAUAAAUUGUCACCAGGCUUUAGAAAUCGGGACGGAAAUGUUAAAGAAAGUCAUCGGCGUUAAUUACAACGCGAACAUUUGUACUCGCCGACCAGCUUCAAGUACGAAGAAUCAGUUGCAACGCACAUCCUGCUCCUAUAUGCGAUCAAAAGCUCCAAAAAUAGGUACCAGUUUGGAGCUCUUCAAGAAGCAGGACGUCGACGAACAGGUCUUGGCUAAAGCUGGAGAACGGCUUCUGAUUGCUGUGUAUGGAGGUGGCGAAGACGUACGAUCACUCAACGAACUCCGAUUCAAUUGCUUCACCAAAUCAGUGAGCAAAGCUAAGUUCAACCUCGCAACUCUGCCACCCACAACAGAAGCAGCAGAGCAGCACAUAUACAGGUCAUAUCUGCAGACUUGCGAUAACGUCACACAAUUGCGAGCCGUCGAUGACGAAGACAGUGAUGAUGACAACGACAUCGACGAUCCCGCUCCAUUAACACUGAACCUUAACGAACGUCAUCCUUCACGAGUACAAACAAUUGCUGCUAUCAGGAGAAGGAGACCUUAUGCCAAAAAAUUCAGAGAUUGCAAUCAUUAUAGACCUUGCCCAAACUGUGAGGAAAUGUUCUCAAAACUUUCACUACGAUCACAUGUUGCUCAGUGUGAUACCAAGGAAAAAGGCAAGGAAGAUAUAUUGGUUAGAGGUAGACAAAUUCAGAUGCAUGUGCACGAGAAGGCUAGUACAAGGUUAGCUAAGGAAAUAUUAGCCCAUCACAGACAAGAUGUUGUCACUGGAGCCAGUUCAUAUGAUGAAUUGUGUAUCUUGUAUGGCAACAAAUUAUGUAGAAGAUAUCGCGAUCAAAGAAACGCUCAUAUGUUACGUUCAAGAUUGCGAGAAAUUGGAAAAUUCAUUCUCGCGGCAAGAAGAAUUGAUGAGGGGCUUAAGGAACUCAGAGACAUAAUUCAACCUAAAAACUAUGACACGAUAGUUAAAGCCAUCAAUUAA